AUGGUCACCACCUUUUUGCUUUUGGUGGUGAUCAGUAUCAUCUACUACAUGUCGUCGUCCAGUUCUACAAGUUCCUUAGGUAACAUUUCACCAAUUACCAGAAACAGUAUACAGAAUGAAAAUUUGAAUUUAGUCAAUCAGCAACAAAAGAGUGAGAAGAUAAUUGAACAAGAAGAGACUGCUGAAGACCCUGAGGUUAUUAAAAGACCAACUAAGCAAAAAGAAGAGCCAGCAAAGGAGCAAGUACCAGUUAAGGAAGCACAACCUUUGGAAGAUGAAGGAGCGGCAAUUCAAAUCACCGAGACUCCAUUCAUGCCUAAGAUGGCUAAUGAGACAUUAAAGGCGCAAUUAGGUAACGCUGCUUGGAAAUUAUUCCAUACUAUUUUGGCCAGAUACCCAGAUAAACCUUCUCAACAAGAACAAAGUACUUUGAAUACGUAUAUUCAACUGUUUGGACAAGUGUAUCCAUGUGGAGACUGUGCCAGACAUUUCCAGCAUUUGUUGAAGAAGUUCCCUCCACAAGUUGGAAGCAGGAAGACUGCAGCAUUAUGGGGGUGUGAUAUUCAUAAUAAGGUUAAUGAGAAAUUACAUAAAUCCCAAUAUGAUUGUACUACGAUCUUAGAGGAUUAUGAUUGUGGGUGUGGAGGUGAUGAACAGGAGAAGGACUUUACUUUGGGAAACGAAAGUAUCGAUCACGUUCGAAACAUCAAAGUUGAUGAAAAGGAAGAUAAGUUACAAUUAGGAGGUUAA